AUGAAAAUAACAACAGAAAGUGAAAAUAAUAUUUCGUUAUCGUAUUAUCAACCAUUCAGGAUCGAUAAAGAAGAAAGUUUAAUUUGGAAUGUGGAUCCAUCAGAACUUGUACACAUACCGGAUCAUUGGUUCAAUUUUUCAGCUCCUCAUCCUUUGUCAAAUUAUUUAUUAGGUUUUUUGUAUUUUAUUUUUUUUGUCAUAUCCUGUACCGGAAAUGGAAUCGUCAUAUGGAUAUUUACAACGUCGAAAAAUUUAAGGACAGCAUCGAACGUUUUCGUUGUUAAUUUGGCAAUAUUUGAUUUUAUUAUGAUGGCGAAAACACCGAUAAUGAUAUAUAAUUCAAUGAAUUUAGGUUUCGAAUGCGGUUUUGUUUGGUGUCAAAUAUUUGCAUCUGCUGGUGCACUAUCGGGAAUCGGUGCCAGCAUAACGAAUACAUGCAUAGCAUACGACAGAUGCGAAACCAUAACGAAUCCACUACAAAAAUCCGGGAAAAAAAAAGCUUUCCUAUUGGCUGCAUUCACUUGGAUUUAUGCUCUUCCGUGGGCCGUACUACCAUUUUUAGAAAUUUGGGGAAAAUUUGCACCUGAAGGUUAUUUGACGACUUGCACGGUCGAUUAUUUAACAGACACGUCACAGACGAGAAUGUUUAUUGUUACCAUAUUCUUUGCCGCUUAUGUUUUACCUCUUUCGUUAAUUAUUUAUUUUUACACGAAAAUUGUCCUCCACGUCAUCAAUCAUGAGAAAUCAUUAAAAGCACAGGCUAAAAAAAUGAACGUUGAAUCCUUGAGAUCGGAUGGUAAUAAAAAUUAUGCAGUCGAAAUAAGAAUCACAAAAGUUGCCAUCGCCAUGUGUUUUUUAUUUGUCAUUUCAUGGACCCCCUAUGCUGUUGUAGCAUUGAUAGGAUGUUUUGGAAAUAAACAUUUAAUAACUCCAUUGGUUUCCAUGAUUCCUGCUUGUGCAUGUAAAGCCGUUGCUUGUAUUGAUCCAUACAUUUAUGCAAUAAGUCAUCCCAGAUUUAGAGUUGAAGUGAACAAAAGAUUUGCUUGUUUGGCUGGAUGUUUACAAGAGAAAGAAUUACAAGAUGAUGCAGUGUCAAAAAAUACGGUCAAUGCAGAAAAUGUUGAUACGUAA